UGACUUGCUAGGGACAUGGGGGUUUUGUGGUGUCUGACACUGUCUGUUGUAGCAGAGUGUUGCAUAACACUUUUGUCACCAGCCACACCUUUCCGCGCCCCCUGACAAGUGGUAGUUACAGCUAAGCCGGGCUCAGAGCUAUAAGUGAGUUGCCAGCAGCUAUGGAGUAAAUUAUCUACAGGACAGCUCAACAGAAACAUGCUGUGGACUAUAUUUCUACUUCUUAAUGGACUGCUUAUACUAAUUCUCAUUUACUCCUCUCGCACAAGACAAAAAAAUGAGCCUCCUCUGGACAAAGGUUUCCUUCCGUGGCUGGGGCAUGCUCUGGAGUUUGGAAAAGAUGCUGCAAAGUUUUUGGGGCGGAUGAAAGAAAAACAUGGAGAUAUAUUCACAGUCCGUGUUGCUGGUCAUUAUGUGACAGUGCUAUUAGACCCGAACUCCUUUGAUAGCGUGCUGAAUGACACAGUCUGCUUCGACUUCUCCCGUAUCAAAAACCAGCUUUUGAAAAGGAUCUUCAGUCUGCAGCUGCCAAACGUCCAACCUACAUCAGAGAGAAAUUGGAUGAAACAGCAUUUUCAAGGCCUCAGUCUCUUCAAGUUCAGCAGCUGUAUGAAUACUCACCUUCAGAACCUGCUCCUCAGUAACAACAAAGGCUGUGGCCCUUCAGAGUGGAGACAGGAUGGACUCUUUAGCCUCUGUUACAGUCUUCUUUUCAGGGCUGGAUAUCUUACAUUGUUCGAGAGGAGAGACAAUAGUGCAGAAGUCUACAAAGAGUUCCGCAAGUUUGAUGAUCUUCUCACCAAAUUGGCUCGUUGCAUGCUCAAAAGAGAGGAAAGGAAGGCAGCCAACUCCUCCCGGGAGCGACUGUGGGAGCUGCUGUCCCCAGGCUGCCUCAGCGGGGGGUCGCAGGGAAACUCCUGGCAGCAGAGUUACCAUCGCUUCCUGCAGGAGGAGGGGAUAGAUGCAGAAAUGCAGAAAAAAGCCGCGCUGCUGCAGCUGUGGACCACACAGUGCAAUGCUGGACCUGCUGCCUUUUGGCUCCUUGGCUUCCUGCUCACUCACCCCGAGGCCAUGGAGGCUGUUAAGUCAGAGAUCAGAGGCCUUUCCGCUCUCCAGGAUACUUCCCUACAGCAUCCCCUCAUCAGCUUGCUGGAAGCACACAGCACACCUGUGUUUGAUAGCGUUCUGAGUGAGACCCUACGACUCACCGCUGCGGUAAUGAUCAACAGGGAGGUGGUGCAGGACAAGAUCCUGCGCCUGGCCAACGGACAGGAGUACCACCUCAGACGAGGGGAUAGAGUGUGCCUGUUCCCCUUCAUCAGCCCUCAGACGGACCCACAGAUACACCAAGAACCACAGGUUUUCAAAUAUGAUCGCUUCCUAAAUGAAGAUAUGACAGUGAAGGAUACAUUCUACAAGGAUGGGAAAAUGCUCAAGUACGGCACCAUGCCUUGGGGUGCAGGGAGGAACAGCUGCGUUGGAAAAGAGUUUGCCGUUACAACCAUUAAACAAUUCGUGUUCCUGUUAAUGACACAUCUUGAUCUGGAGAUGUGCAACCCCAAGGCUAAACUGCCACCAGUUAAUCCCAGUCGCUACGGCUUUGGGAUGCUGCAGCCAGACGGAGAUCUGCAGGUCCGAUACAGACUGAAGAGGACGCAGCAUGAAAUAUGACUUGAUGAAUACAAACAGUGACUGACAAACCUUUUUGCACUGAAUGUAAUGUAGCACUAUUUAUUCCAUGUCAUAUUUAAUCAGUUCAGUUAUUAAUCAUAUUUAACUUUGUUGUAUAUAAAUUAUUAAUUAAUAAAAAUU